CAAGCACGCACAAGCUCUCCACACACCGACAUCCUGUUAGUCUCGUCACACGUCUGCACAACAGCAGUAGGGCGUUGCUUUUCCGGCACAGAGAUAUGGCUUCCAAAUUAGAACAGAUUGAAAAGUACACCAUUCCUAAGGAGAACAGAGGGCAGUGUGCCAUCAUAAACAUCACGGUGUUUCAGAACAAGAAAUAUAAUAGAAACUCCGAAAGUGAUACCCAAGAGGCAGAGAGAGCCUUCAAGUCACUCCGGCUUCGCACGACCAUCGCCGAAAAAAAAGCAGCGACGUGUGAUGAUGUCAAAGAGUACCUGGAAGGUGUCAGGAAUGAGAUAACAGACAAAGACUCUAUGUUCGCUGCUUGUAUCAUGAGUCAUGGACGCAGAGGAGAGAUAAUGGUCUCUGAUAUGAACUGCAUGAAGAUUCAAGACAUUAUCGACAUGUUUAGAGACAACAACUGCGAAAAGCUCAAGGGAAAACCACGGCUAUUCUUUAUACAGGCAUGCCAAGUUGAAACCAGUCACAGCCAGGAAAAAGGAAUGCCUCUCUACUGGGACUACGAUAUUAAACUACCCUCAAACUUCUUGGUUAGCUUCGCCGUUGCCCCUGGGUUCGUGGCUUAUCGUCAGAUUCGCGAUGGUGAUCCUACAUCUCAAUAUUAUUCACUUUACAUUAAGGCAUUGGUAAAAGUUUUUACCAAUAGGGGAGGUCAUGACGUCGACAUCAGAGAGUUGAAUGCCAAGGUUGCAUCGGAGGUAGCCGCGGAAGAAAUAAAGCCAGAGGGGGAAGACGUGAAGCAGAUGCCCUGCGUUAUAUCCUCUCUCACCAAGAGUCUGCAUCUCUGAAGCAAGACAUGACUCCUCGCCAGAAAUAAGACGGCGAAUUUUUGGUUCCGCUUGCUCCGCGAUCCAACUCGCUCAGCAACGAGGUUAUUGUAAUAAAGCAGUUUAUUUCAUUGUC